AUUUUUUGUUGACGUUGUAUUUGGAAGCGUAGCGUCUGGCAGCGUUUAAGUUUAGCAUAAGUUACUAAGAAGAUCGAGCGCUAUGUCGGCGGUGGCUUACGACUCCCUGCUGUCCACGACGGCGGUGAUCAGCACCGUCUUCCAGUUCCUUUCCGGCGCCAUGAUAUGCCGAAAGUACAUACAGAAAAAAAGCACGGGUGACUCUUCCGGAGUUCCCUUCAUAUGCGGCUUCUUAUCGUGCAGCUUUUGGUUGCGCUACGGAGUCUUAACCAACGAACAGAGCAUUGUGCUGGUCAACAUCAUCGGAUCGACGCUUUUUCUAGUCUACACGCUGAUUUACUAUGUGUUCACCGUCAACAAACGUGCCUGCGUCAAGCAAUUCGGAUUCGUUCUGACCGUACUGGUGGUGGUCAUUCUCUUUACCAAUCGGCUGGAAGACCAGCGCGAUCAAAUGAUACACGUCACGGGAAUCGUGUGCUGCAUCGUGACCGUGUGUUUUUUCGCCGCCCCGCUGGCUAGUUUGCUGCAUGUGAUACGGGCGAAGAACUCGGAGAGCCUGCCCCUGCCGCUGAUAGCCACGUCUUUUUUGGUCAGCCUGCAGUGGCUAAUCUACGGCAUACUGAUAUCGGACUCAUUCAUCCAGAUACCCAACUUUCUGGGCUGCAUACUGUCGCUGCUGCAGUUGGGUCUGUUUGUCCUGUACCCGCCGCGAAGUUACUCCGGCCAUGGCUACAAGCUGGUCGAACAGGCAGUGCCGUAUUAGAGAACUGAUUGGUCACAGCCACGCAUUACGCUUUGGCAUCCGAGCGUGUCGCAUACAGGAUUUAUAUUUUAGUAUAACUUUAUGGUCAAACAUGCUGUUUGCUUAGACGCCAAGCUUAUUAACUAUAGACAUACGUAAUAGUAAGCCUAUAUUUAUUUUAAAAUAUUUAUUAAACCCCGAAGAUUUGCCUCAAAAUCACGGCUACUUUA